AUUGCAGCUUGCCCCUUGCAGCUUGCCCAUUGCAGUUUGCCCAUUGCAGCUUGCCCAUUGCAGUUUGCCCAUUGCAGCUUGCCCAAUGCAGUUUGCCCAUUGCAGCUUGCCCAUUGGAGCUUGACCAUUGCAGCUUGCCCAUUACAUUUUGCCCAUUGCAGUUUGCCCAUUGCAGCUUGCCCAUUGCAGUUUGCCCAUUGCAGCUUGCCCAAUGCAGUUUGCCCAUUGCAGCUUGCCCAUUGGAGCUUGACCAUUGCAGCUUGCCCAUUACAGUUUGCCCAUUGCAGUUUGCCCAUUGCAGCUUGCCCAUUGCAGCUUGCCCAUUGGAGCUUGCCCAUUACAGUUUGCCCUUUGCAGUUUGCCCAUUGCAGCUUGCCCAUUGCAGUUUGCCCAUUGCAGUUUGCCCAUUGCAGCUUGCCCAUUGCAGCUUGCCCAUUGCAGUUUGCCCAUUGCAGCUUGCCCAUUGCAGUUUGCCCAUUGCAGUUUGCCCAUUGCAGCUUGCCCAUUGCAGUUUGCCCAUUGCAGCUUGCCCAUUGCAGCUUGCCCAUGGCAGCUUGCCCAUUGCAGUUUGCCCAUUGCAGUUUGCCCAUUGUUGCUUGCCCAUUGCAGCUUGCCCAUGGCAGCUUGCCCAUUGCAGUUUGCCCAUUGCAGCUUGCCCAUUGCAGUUUGCCCAUUGGAGCUUGCCUAUUGCAGCUUGCCCAUUACAGUUUGCCCUUUGCAGUUUGCCCAUUGCAGCUUGCCCAUUGCAGUUUGCCCAUUGCAGUUUGCCCAUUGCAGCUUGCCCAUUGCAGCUUGCCCAUUGCAGUUUGCCCAUUGCAGCUUGCCCAUUGCAGUUUGCCCAUUGCAGCUUGCCCAUUGCAGCUUGCCCAUUGGAGCUUGACCAUUGCAGCUUGCCCAUUGCAGCUUGCCCAUUGCAGUUUGCCCAUUGCAGUUUGCCCAUUGCAGCUUGCCCAUUGCAGCUUGCCCAUGGCAGCUUGCCCAUUGCAGUGCCCAUUGCAGCUUGCCCAUUGCAGUUUGCCCAUUGCAGUUUGCCCAUUGCAGCUUGCCCAUUGCAGUUUGCCCAUUGCAGCUUGCCCAUUGCAGCUUGCCCAUUGCAGCUUGCCCAUUGGAGCUUGCCCAUUGCAGCUUGCCCAUUACGGUUUGCCCUUUGCAGUUUGCCCAUUGCAGCUUGCCCAUUGCAGUUUGCCCAUUGCAGUUUGCCCAUUGUUGCUUGCCCAUUGCAGCUUGCCCAUGGCAGCUUGCCCAUUGCAGUUUGCCCAUUGCAGCUUGUCCAUUGCAGUUUUCCCAUUGCAGCUUGCCCAUUGCAGCUUGCCCAUUGCAGUUUGCCCAUUGCAGCUUGCCCAUUGCAGCUUGCCCAUUGCAGCUUGCCCUUUGCAGUUUGCCCAUUGCUGCUUGCCCAUUGCAGUUUGCCCAUUGCAGUUUGCCCAUUGCAGCUUGCCCAUUGCAGCUUGCCCAUUGCAGCUUGCCCAUUGCAGUUUGCCCAUUGCAGCUUGCCCAUUGCAGUUUGCCCAUUGCAGCUUGCCCAUUGCAGUUUGCCCAUUGCAGUUUGCCCAUUGCAGCUUGCCCAUUGCAGCUUGCCCAUUGGAGUUUGCCCAUUGCAGCUUGGGCAUGAGCAGUUGGUCCUCCUCAUAGACCGUGGGCACCUGCACUCACCCCAGCAUGCAACUGCUGCACACCUCCACACCGUGCCUCACACCUCCACAUCGUGCCUCACACACCUGACUGCUAUUGCCCUGUUCUACACCUGAUUGCUCCCCUCUCCUUCCACAUGGCUGGCCCGCACAGGGCGUACGCGCGGCGCCACGGGUACCGCUUUGUGGAGAUGGGCGAGGAGGACAAGGAGACGGACCGCCACCCCUCGUGGUUCAAGGUGCGGUUCCUGCAGCGCCAGCUGGCGUGCUGCUGCGCGUGGGCGGUCUUCAUGGACUCCGACGCCUACUUCCGCAUGGCCAACCACCGCCUCUCCGUGCACUCCUGGGUCCACCGACUCACCCUGCCACACUACUUUGACUGGAUCGCCCAAGAGUACAACAUCUCUCUCGCCAACCAGACGUGGUUCCCCCGCCCCCCCUCCUCCAUCUUCUCGCACUCGCCGCCUGCCUGUGCGCGAGACACCAUGGGAGGGAAGGAGGGGAGAGGGGCCGGAGGAUGGGUUGGGGGAGAGGGAGACCAUGGGGCAGUGGGGGGGGAGGGGGAGAGCCGGGCAGCGGUGUGUGUGAUAGCGCCGAGGAACGACGACGAGGUGUCGGGGAUGGCGGAGGGGCGGGCGGCGGCGCUGUUCAACGGGAGCAUGGAGUACGUCAACGCAGGGGUCACGCUCUGGCGGCGGUCGGCGCACUGCCUCAAGCUGCUUGCCAGCUGGCACGAGGAGCCGGGGCAGUACCUGUGGAGGCGCAACUGGGAGCAGCCAAGGCUGAACUUGCUGCUGGCCAUGCCGCAGCACGUGGCUGACGUGGCAGUCGUGCCGUUCCGCGAGCUGACGGGGCACUCGGGGCGGGCCAUCCGGCACCGGUGGCUCAACUCCAUUAUGACUGAUGAGACGCGCAGCGACCUCGUCAAAGAUGCACUGCUGGGCAGCUUCCUCACGAGUUACAUGUACAUGUUCUAACCACCUCUAACUUGUGUUGUAUGGUUCUCCCUUAAUGAAUAACAAUCCUAUGUUCUGUGUAUGCAAACGAAGGGAAUGCACGGAGAGGAGGCAUCAG